AUGUUUGCAUCAUUUUUCAGUGCCACCAUGCAGGGAAUUAGGGACGGCUGCUCUAUCGUGGAUGCUGCUAGAUCAUUGUCCUUGUUGCAGCUAUUGCAGCAGGGCAGGCAUGGUUGUUCGAACCAGAGAACAGCAGUUGCUGCUGAUGUUGACAUGCACCAAGCGCCAGGACCUGGUGUGGGAAUGGCAUUGAAACAGCACGACAUAAGUGCUUGUGAGAUGGCCCAGCUGUGGCUAGCGCUAUUCACAUGUGGGGAGCAUCGGGGCCACAGGGUGCGGGGUGAUUUUGCCAAAGGGCGUGGCAGAUGCGGUGUGAGGCAGCAUGGCGACAGCUGGCACCAUCUACAGGUUGACACCAAAGCAGUGAUGAGACAGGAUCGUUGCCCAAUCUAG